CGCAGACGGGGACUUGGAGCCGAAGUGGGAAGGGUGGAGAGGUUGGCGCUGAGAGGCGGCCCGUCUAACUCAACGGUGCUGAUCACAACUAACAAGAAAACAAAAAGAGGUCCGUGAUCACAAUGACUGACAACUCAGCUUCAAAGCCCAAACGUGGCAAAGCAGCAAAGAAAACCCCCACACACCCCAAGUACUCCGAGAUGAUCACUGGGGUGAUCAUGGGCUCCAGCAGCCGCUCAGGACUAUCCCGCCAAGCCAUCCAAAAGCUGGUCAAAAGCCAGUACAAGCUGGCAGAGAACGCAGACAGCCAGAUCAAACUGUCACUCGUGAAGCUGGUGACCAAGGGGGUUCUGGAGAAGACAAAAGGAGUUGGCGCCUCAGGGUCCUUCAAGAUCUCCAAGAGCGGGGAGCCCCAGAAGGCAGUUAAAAAGGUGAAGAAGCCAGUGAAGAAGUCCAUCUUAAGCAAGAAGGUGGACAAACCCAAGAAGCCGACCAAAGCCAAGAAGCCGGCUAAGCCGUUGGCUAAAGCCAAUAAGGUCAAGGUGCACAAGGCCAUGAAGAAGGCGGCAGGGACGCCCAAAGGUGCAAAGAAAGCAAAACCGGCGAAAACGAAGGCGGUGAAGGCAAAGGCGGUUAAGAGAAACACCAAGAAGGCAAAACCCCCCAAGCCGCGAGCCAAAACCAGUGUAAAGAAAAUGGCUUCCAAAAAGAAGUGAAUGAGUUCAUCAGACAAGCAGUAAUACAGACUUUAGCCAUUUCUGUAUAUAGUUGUUUUAAUUUUUUUAUCAAAUUUUGUUUGAUCUUUUACUGAGGUGAAUGCAAAUGAGUAAUGCUAGCAUUGUUGACAUUUGCUAUAUUUUGUAGUCAUUUUCAUAUUAUGCUUUUAUGUACAACAUUGGUUAAUUGAGCUUAGCCAUGCAUUGGAAAAUUAAUUUCUGAUGAAUCCAAUUACUGUCUUUACGUUUCAAAUAAAAUGGAAUCCAUGCAA